CAGCAGCAUAGACACAGACGGACAAGAAAUAGCAGUUCAGAGAUUUUUGUUCGACAAACUUCGAAUUCGUUAAAAUAUCGCACGCAAAACCGAGAAAUAAGAUCACAAAUGUAGAAAGUUUGUUUGACACCUGCUUGUCCCUUCGUCAAGAAGCCAGCAUGGACCAAUCUCAACCUGUAUUUAAUCACAGUGACCAUCCUCCAUUCAGGUUACCAGCAGGUCAUUACCAAGGAAGGCCUGCUCAGAUGAAUGUUGGAGUAAUGUCACACGCAGAACACAUUCCCCAAACCAUUACACCUGGUGCUCAGCAUGCACAUUCAUCUGGCAUGCCAUUCAGCUUGCCCUGGUCAGACCAUCAAGUUCAAGGGCAACCCAAGAGUGAAGCUACUCCCUUUAAAGAAGAAAAUGAUCCUCAUCAGCAUACUAAGAAAGUUGAUGCAUUGGACCAGGAAUGGCCAGAUAGGAAAUCGCCUAUUCUUCCAAGUAAAGCUAAAGUUAAAAGUAAAGAAGAGAUCAUGCCAGUGGAUUUUGCUGAAGAAGAGGUGGUCAGCAACUUUGUUCCUCUGUCAUGGACAAAGAAUCUCACUAAACCUCAUACAGUAUCAAAGUCAGAGGAAGGUGAUGUGAAACCUUGUGAUUCCACUGAGAGCAAGGAUACCAGAGAACAGAGAGCUGAAGAAGAGCUUGCAGCAGUACAUGCUUUCAUGUCCAUGGAACCGUCAGGGUAUACCUGCAUUCAAUGCGGUCAUGUUGUCCAUCGUAGCCAGCUUGCAAAGCACAUCCGAAUGCACACUGCUGACAGGCCUUUCAAGUGUGAAGUAUGUAAACGAGCCUUUCGUCAGAAGUCCAAUCUGAUUGUCCACAUGCGCAUGCACACAGGCGAACUUCCAUUCAAGUGUGAAUUUUGCGAUAAAGCAUUCCGUCAGAAGUCCAUUCUCGUGACGCAUGUUCGCACGCACACCCGUGAGAUGCCGUACAAAUGUCACCUAUGUCCAAAGGCGUUUACACAGAAGUCCAAUCUGGUGGAACAUAUUCGCGUCCAUACAGGAGAAAAGCCAUACAGGUGCCCGGAGUGUGACAAGGCAUUUGCCCAGAAAUCUAACUUGGUCGUUCACAUCCGUAGCCACACCGGAGAAGCUCCGUUUAAGUGCGGGGCUUGCGGGAAAUCUUUCCGGCAAAAGUCGAUAUUAACUACUCACAUGAGAACUCACACUGGAGAGCUGCCUUUUAAGUGUCGGCAGUGUGAACGUGCCUUUGCACAGAAAUCUAACCUGGUCGAACACGAACGUCAGCACACGGGAGAGAGACCCUUCGUUUGUCAAGAAUGUGACAAAGCCUUCAUCCGUCAUCAGGAUCUAUUACAGCAUAUGAGGCAGCACACGGGUCGAAAACCCUACGACUGCGGGGAAUGCGGCAAGAUGUUCAGUCGGAAGAAGCAUGCGGAGAAGCAUGUUCGUUCGCACAUUAAACACCGUUUCAACUGUGGAGUCUGUGGUCAGGGUUUUAUGGAUGAAAAUCUGAUGGUGAUCCAUCUGACCACCCACUGUCAUUGUCAUAUCUGCAGUAUCAGCUUUGAUUCAAAGGAAGAUCUAACCGAGCAUUGUAGACUUCAUGCAAUGGGUAUGCCUGAUAGUGAGGAAGUACGAAUCAGUCCUGUCCAAGAGAGCAAAGGCAAUGUAACACAGAACUCUCAUUCUAGCUCCAAACUUCCAUAUGCUGAGACUGUUUCACAUUAUGCAAGUAGCAGCAAAUCUUUGGGUUAUAAGCAAGAAGAUACAUUUAAUAGAACUGCUAUUUCUUCACCUUCAUCUCAUUAGACUACUCUCAUAUUACAGGAAAUUAUUUCCAACUGUUAUAAUUUAGAUGAAAAAAAUCUUUAAAAAAUUAAUGUCAUUUAUGGUAAGGUCAACAGCGCAAGCCACACUGAAAAAUUGGUAGUAAUAAAAAGCAGUUUAUUCAUUGGCAUCCUUUGUGCAUUCUAUCUUAGAAGGGCCAGAGAGUUACAAAUCAUGGGGAAACGACAUUUUAUAGAAUUUGCAAAAGACUUAUUUAUGUGUAAAUUAUUAUCUGUCCGUUGUGUGAGUCUGUGAGUGAUUAAUGUGAUAAAAAUCCAGACGGCCAAAAGUCGACUAUGCUCAGGUUCAUCAUUUACUGCAAGCUGUUAAGUUCUCAACAAUCCCAAGUCUUAGGGGGUGUUGCAAGAAAAUAUUUGCAAAAUUGCAAAUAUUCUGUCCCAAUUUUACAACUGAUAGAUCAACA